AUGGUUGCACUGAAGCCGAGUGCCAAGAACUCCAAAUCCGCGAAGGCUACGAAAAAAGCCAUCCGAAAGAAGAAGGUCCAUCUCAAAUUCAAUAUUGAAUGCAAGAACCCGGCUGAGGAUGGAAUUUUCAAGACUGAAGACUUCGAGACUUUCCUCAACGAGAAGAUAAAGGUUGGAGGAAAAUGCGGUCAACUCGCCAAUUCCGGAGUCAAAGUUGAACUCAACAAGACCAAGGUCUCAAUUAUUGCUGAUGUUCCGUUUUCGAAGCGCUACCUCAAGUACCUCACAAAGAAGUAUCUCAAGAAACACUCUCUACGUGACUGGCUCCGUAUUGUUGCCAUUAACAAGAACACCUAUGAGUUGAGAUACUUCCACAUCAACCAGGAUGAGGAUGAGGGCAGUGAUAAUGAGUAA